AUGGCUGCCGUCAGGGAGGGUACUUAUGUGACCAACCUGGUGGGAGGACGAGGGGAACGGGCCCUGGCUCGCCUCCUGCCUCUCCGCGACGCGGCCGGCGGAGACGAUAUAUUUUUAAUUCAGGCUUCUACUUCUCUUGAGAAAUUAAAAAUCCUUUGUAAAGAAGAUGAAGAAAAUGUGAAUCCAUCAACUCUCAUUAAGCUUUACACACAGGCUAUAUUGGACAUGACAUAUUUUGAAGAGAAUAAACUGGUAGAUGAAGAUUUUCCAGAAGACACUUCUUUACAGAAAGUAAAGGAGUUAAUCACUAUUCUUUCAGAACCAGAAGUUGUAGUUAAAGAAAGUAGUCAGCAUCUAAAACACUCUGAUAUGCUUGGGCCAGAACUACUAGAAUGUCUUUAUUGGAGACGAGGAGCCCUACUCUAUAUGUAUUGCCAUACUGUGACAGCAAGAGAAGAGGGGCAGUCAAAAAAGAGAGAUGUGCUUAAAAAGUGCCUUAUUGAUGGAAUCAGGUACUUACUAAAGAUGUUUACUUUUCGAUGUCCUCUUCACCUAAAUGAAGAAGUAUCUUUUCAAGACACAGACACAGCUAAGUUACUUAGUGAAGGAGUAUUCAGUGACACUCAUUUGCUGGCUACGAUGUAUACUGGAGAAAUGUGUUAUUGGGGACUGAAGUAUUGUGUAAAUGAAGAGCCAGAAAACUGUGACAUAGACACUAAUGGAUCUGGGACAAGCAGCUCUUCACUCAAAGAAUCCUUGGAUUUUCGAAAAAUAGGAGAAAAUAUUUUAAGAAAGUAUAUAUCUAUAUGUGAAGGACCCUUGAAAGGACAAGCAUGGAAUACAACAAAUGCAAAGAAAAUACUAGACUUCUUCCAACAUUGCCAUCACUAGAACAUUCCUCUUUUUUUUUUUCUUAACUACAGAGAGAUUUUUUUUUCAAGAAUUCUGGAAAAUAAAAGUCUUACUGCCUCUGAACUGAUGUACUUUUAGCUCACAUUAUGCAAUGUAGUGUGGUUAUGGUUUUUUUUGUUUAUUAAGCUAUCAAAAUCAUUUGAUUAAAAAAAAUUUAAACUU